AUGUCAGCCAGGUCCACGACAGGAGGAGCAGGUCAGGGAGAGGACAUUGAUCUCGUCCUCCUCCGGGACCAUCUGGUCUCGAUCGCACUCCGCGCAGGACGCAUGAUCACCAGCGCGCGGCCCAGCACCAGCUCGAGCGGCACGAAAAAGAACAGCGCCGACCUCGUCACCGAGACGGACCAGGCGGUCGAGGCGUUCAUAUCCUCGGAGCUGCGCACGCUGUACCCCGGGUUCUCGUUCAUGGGCGAAGAGACGUACCAGCCCGGGCAGACCCUGGGGCCGGAGCCCACGUUCGUCGUGGACCCGAUCGACGGCACCACCAACUUCGUGCACCGGUUUCCCUACGUGUCCGUGUCGCUGGGGUUCGCGGUCGACAGGGUGCCCAGCGUCGGCGUCGUGUACAACCCGUUCACGGGCCGGCUGUACACCGGCGUCAAGGGCAAGGGGAGUUUCGUCUUUGACGUGCCUGCCGGUGCUGGAGCCGCCGGCGCGGGUGACCUCACAGCACCUCCGCGUCCCGAGCAAGGCACGAAACUGCCCACGAAGGAACUCACGGCGCUGGGCGGUCUCGACGGGUGCGUCGUCGCCGUCGAGUUCGGCAGCGACCGGUCCGGACGGAACUGGAAGACCAAGACGGACACGUGGGCGCGCCUGGGCCGGAGCAAGGACGACGGCGGCGCCAUGGUGCACAGCGCCCGGGCGCUGGGCAGCGCGGCGCUGAACCUGUGCGGCGUCGCCGAGGGCGUGCUGGACGCCUACUGGGAAGGCGGCUGCUGGGCCUGGGACGUCUGCGCCGGAUGGGUCAUUUUGACGGAAGCCGGGGGCCUCAUCGUCGACGGGAACCCGAGUGGCAAUUUCGACAUCCCCGUCACCCACCGAAAGUAUCUCGCCGUGAAAGCGGCCAAGGACGGAGUGGGCCAGAAGGAAUUGGUCAAGGAGUUCUGGAGCCACAUUGAGGGUGACAUGGUGUAUGAGCAUUGA